UGCGACUCAAGAUUAUCCAGUCCGAGGGCAGAAAAACAACAAAACAAAUACGAGGAACGCGCUCGCUCAGGUCGGGAAGACUAUAGGGAAGCCUCCGGAGUUAUGGUAGCGACAAAUGCCUGGACUCUGUCCCAUUUCUCGCCGGGCCGGAAGCUCGAUCUAUGGCUAUACGGGACAAGGGAGUGAAUAUUUAUAUACUUUGGUAGUACAUACGACGAAGAGAAGGGGGACCAAGAAGCUUUGCAGAUGGAGGAAGCGAGAUGAGUGCUGGAAAGCUAUUUUCUGGAGUACAGUAAGAGCUUACAUGCAGAAUUCCAGCAAACGGGGGCAUGGGAGGAAUGACAGGGGAAUGCCCGAGUGGAGCCGAGGAACCAACAAAGCAAGUCAAUUCCUCAAGCUGUCCGUCAAACGUGUUAUAGCAAUCGCGUGGACGGCCUCGAGUGGAUUCGGAAGCGAAACCCGGGGGCCCCAGGAGGAGGGAAGAUGGGACGGGCAGAACCUGAGUUUGGCGCCCUCUGGGGGAUUGCGAGAUGCGGAUUGGUGUGACUGGCUAUCUCGAACCCCGUACGGAGUGUGUGAGUGGUGACGACGUUAUCUGCAUCAGGCUCGUGCUCCUCCUGCUUCGUCUCGUCUCGUCUUGUUUUGUCUCGUUUCCUGCAACGCAAUGCUGUCUUUGUCUUGGUUGGUCGUUUUAAAAACGAGAUAGACAGACAGACAGACUCGGGGCAACCACGUCGUCGAGGCUAGCGGACCAGCGCAGCAAAUCGCAUGCAGCUAUCGGCCAACCAGUCGACGAAUCGAUGACGCUUGCGUUUGGGCGUCGCCCGCGAUUAUCGUGCCUGAAUUGCACGCUUCCUUGCGAUAGUCGCCCACCACCAGGACGCUGCCGGUGGCCGAGAGUUGCAGGCGGUCCGCAGCUUCCAGCCUAUCCGCGUACAGGAUUUGAGCCAGAAGGGCGGGGCCUGGCGACACGCCUCUGGGAAUAGG